CCCGGUUUAGUAAGUAGUUAUUAAUCCGUUGUGUCUAGAAGUGACUGUAGGUAGUGCUUCAGUUGUGGUAAUAACAGUUCUUAUUGAGCUGUCUACUCGUCAGCUUGCCUUCUUCGUACAUCUAAAAAAUGUGCCGCCUUUAAGGAGGUGUUAUAAUGCAUACUUAAUUAUUCGUUUUUGAUUAGUUUUAUAUUAUCGUUAACAUUUUAUUCGACGCGAUAAAAAUGAUGAACAGAGUUCAUAAACCUCAUUAAAUUAUUAAGAAGAGGAUUACAAUAAUAUAAUCUGCACUUAUACAUUGUUCUAGGUUAUUCAAGAACAUCCAACAACUUAAAUUUCUACUAAUUUAAAAAUGGCGGAUCAUACUUAUCGUCCGCUCAAUGAAUACUCCAACCAUCAAACCAAGACCAAUAAUCUUAUGUUGGCUAAAUUUAUAGCUAUGGGCGUGUUGGGGAUAGGUUCAUUCCUUUUGGGACUACUACCCAUUAAACUUACUAAAUUUGCAAAUGUAAAUAAAAACAAUACAGAUAAAAACUUGUUCAUUUCAUUGCUGCUCUGUUUUGGAGGCGGUGUUUUGUUAUUUACUACUUUCAUUCAUUUACAACCGGAGGUUAGAUCGUCCAUGGAAAUUUUGCAGUCUCAAAAAAAGAUUCCUAAUAUUGGACAUGAUAUUCCAUUAUCGGAGCUGGUAUUUUGUAUAGGAUUCUUUUUCGUGUAUCUUGUGGAGGAAGCAGUUCAUUUAGUUUUGGACAGGAAACCUCAUGAUGAUGUUUUGCAUAGAUCUCUAUCUGUGAAGUGCCUAAAAAAUGGCAAUCUUACAAUCCCUCGUGUAAACUUGAAUAAACUUGAGGAAAAUGGAAUAAGUUUUGUGAGCAGUAAUUCCACUAAGGAGCUUCUAAAUUCACAAACAACUUUGGAUGUGUUAGGAGCGAACAAAAUGGUACUGGAAGAGACCCAUUACGACCAUGUACAUUUUUCAAACCCGUUUAGAAGUCUGUUAGCUGUUUUGGCUCUUAGUUUUCAUGCAGUAUUUGAAGGUCUAGCUGUCGGACUAGAAAAUAAUCUACAAAAAGUGUGGUAUCUAUUCGCUGCAAUAGCAACUCAUAAAUUGGUAAUAGCGUUCUGUGUCGGGGUGGAAUUGGUAGUAUCAAAGACGAAACUUGCCUUACUUCUUCUUUAUAUUGGAACAUUUGCUUUAGUUACACCAUUGGGUAUUGGAAUAGGGAUAAUACUUAGUAAAACGCAAAAUUCCGAAGAGAACGUCACGUCAGUUAUCCUUCAAGGUAUGGCAGCUGGCACCCUUCUCUAUGUGGUCUUUUUUGAAGUUUUGGCUCGAGAAAGAGGAAAUAAGCACAAUGGUGUUUGUCAACUUCUUGCCAUUUUGAUUGGAUUUUUGUUGAUGUUUUCUCUACAAUAUCUCAUUCCGCAUGACCAUAAUCAUGAACAUGGAAAGUGAUACUUGCCUAAGAAAUUAUAAAGGAAAUAUUCGUCCUGGGGUCAUCAUAAAGUCUGAUAACAACGAUCAAUUUGUCAAACUUACAGUUAAAACGAAGCUGAUUUGUAAUGAAUUCAUGGAAUUACCAAUGUUGCAUAUUUAUAUGUACCUACUAAUUGUAGAAGUCUUCAGUUUCAUAUUCAUAAUUUGUAGACUGUAAAUAUAUUUAAUAAAAGCAUUUAUUAUUAUACAUGUACAUUUACAGAUGUGAUGUAUUUACCACAACAACU